GCUUCAUAUAGUUUCAGCCCCGAUAUCAUUGCCAAGGAGCCCUUGAAGCUGAAAUUUUCGUCCUUUCUUUGCAGUGUAGUAGGAAACAGACGCGCCACCCAGAUAUGAUGGCACAGUCUGAGUUCGAAGCGAGAUCGCAGGCGUUUUUGCAUUGGUUCAAGGCCUGGCCUGGUGCAACCUUUCAUCCCGCCAUCCAAAUCCAGGAUCUGCGGGAUCGCGACGCCGGCAGGGGAAUCAUCGCAACCUCAGAUAUACCUGAGGACACCGUCUUGUUCACAAUUCCCAGGGACGCGAUAAUUAGUACGCAGAGCUCUGACUUGCCCAAGAAAAUUCCCUCAAUCUUUGAGGAGUCGACAACAGGCUUGGAAGAUGCCGACAACGAAGCCGAUGAGGACGGCGAUGCCAGUGGUGCGCCCGACUCCUGGGUUUCGCUCAUUCUCGUCAUGAUUUAUGAGUACCUGCAAGGCGACAGCUCGCGGUGGAAGCCGUACUUUGAUAUCCUGCCCGAGAGUUUCGACACGCUCAUGUUCUGGUCCGAUAAGGAACUGCAAGACCUCCAAGCAAGCGCCAUCACGGCCAAAAUCGGCAAGGAUGAGGCGGACAAUAUGUUUCGCGCCAAAGUUUUGCCAGUCAUCGAGCAGCACGCCAGCAUAUUUUAUCCGCCGGGAUCUGACAGGCUGAGCGAAGACCUGCUAAUGGUAUUGGCGCAUCGUAUGGGAAGCACCAUCAUGGCCUACGCGUUCGACAUGGAGAACGACGAAGAGGAGCCCGACGAGGAGAAUGAAGAUGAGUGGAUGGAGGAUAAGGAUGGCCGACUUUUGAUGGGCAUGGUGCCCAUGGCAGACAUUUUGAACGCUGACGCCCAGUUCAACGCUCAUGUCAACCAUGAAGAUAAGAGCCUGACUGUAACCUCGUUGAAGCCCAUCAAGACUGGUGAAGAGGUACUCAACUACUACGGCCCAUUAUCCAAUGGGGAGCUUCUAAGACGCUACGGCUACGUGACGUUCAACCAUGCGCGAUAUGAUGUCGUGGAGCUGUCAUGGGCAUCAGUACUUUCUGUACUCAAGGAGCAGCUUAACUUAAGUGAAGCGGCAUGGGGCAAUGUAAUGAAUGAGAUAGAGGAAGAAGAAAUUGAAGACUCCUUUGUCAUCGACAGAGACCUGGAGGAGCCAGAUUCAAAAGGUGACAUCAAUCCUGAGUACGAGUUGAGAGCCCUCCCCGCAGACCUCGAAGAACAGGUAAAGCUCUUCCUCAACGCCGUACGGAAGGUCGCCCGGGACACGGUCCCGGACAAGCGGAAGCGUGACGAGAUCUCCCAGUUCGCCAUACUUAACGCGCUUCAGGCUAGGCUCAAAGACUACUCUACCUCUGAGGCUGAGGACAUGAGACUCGUCCCAAAUACCAAGCGCCAGCACAUGGCCAUGACGGUGCGGAUUGGGGAGAAAAGGCUGUUGGCCGAGGCGAUCAAGCUCGUUCGGGCCAACAUCGACCAGCAGGGCGGGCAGGACAUCGAAAUGUCAGAGCCGCCGGCGAAAAAACAGAGGUCGAGAUGAAUGCCGAGCGUGGUACCACCCUCAUUACCGCCCAGGUGUUGCCCAAUAGCCGACGGUGGUGGGCAUCAAUCUGACGCCGCGGAACACAGUCCCGAAACGAAAGGGUAACGUGUAGAUGUCGUCGUCGAAUCAAUGGAUUGAGUACCCCUCCUUGCUGCGCAAAGCUGGAUUUAGUUGGGUAGUAGGCGAUGACCUUUCCGCCUUUGUAUCUCGAAUCUGACAGCGCAUCCCAACUUGGGAGAAAACAUCGGGUAGCCGCGCAUAGGGAAUAGGGAAAGGGAAAAGGGCAUUGAAUACCAUGCAUUGGCAGGGCUAAUGAUAGAGGCUGACUAGAUGCACAGGGGCUGGAGUAUCCUAAUCUACAUUGCUAAAGUUAGACACCAGGUACGAAUGGCUACGCGCUAUUUAUAGAGAGGAUAAUGGCG